AUGGCAGCUGGUGGUAGCACGCACCAAAGCUUUAGAAAAGCUCUUGGAGCUCUAAAAGACUCCACAAAGGUUGGAUUGGCCAAAGUUAAUAGUGAAUACAAGGAGCUGGAUGUUGCAAUCGUCAAAGCCACAACCCAUGUUGAAGUGUUGCCAAAGGAGAAACAUAUACGCACAAUCUUUGAUGCGGUUUCAGCUUCCAGACCUCGGGCAGAUGUUGCUUAUUGUAUACAUGCUCUUGCCAGACGUCUCGCUAAAACACAUAAUUGGACCGUUGCCUUAAAAACUUUAAUUGUUAUACAUCGUGCAUUGAGGGAGAUAGAUCCUACGGUUCCAGAAGAGCUCAUUAAUUAUAGCCAGAGCAAAGGUCAUAUGCUAAACCUGUCACAUUUUAAGGAUGAUUCAAGCCCAGAUGAGCGCCUAGAAUGUUUUCGAAUACUGAAGUAUGAUGUUCAGACAAAUAACUUGAGAACUAAGGGGCUAGACACCCCAGAUUUGCUUGAGCAGUUACCUGCAUUGCAACAAUUACUUUUUCGCCUUCUUGGUUGCCAGGUUGCAGCUGAAAGUGUUAAAAUUUAUGUAACAAUUACUGAUGGAAUGGUAAAUCUGGUAGACAAGUUUGAUGGGGAUCGUGUAAGAAUCGGAUAG